AUUAAAUUAAUUUAAUGCUGAAUCUCACAUUCGUAAACGUCGAACCAUUUGGAACAUUUUUUUUUUAUCAAUUACACACUAAUUGAUGAUUCAUUGCAUAACUGAUUGUUAGCAUGAAGCAAAUUCGUAAAUAAAUAAAUUUUACACACUUACAUAGUAAAGAUGAAGAUAAAUAAAUUGAGCAGCUUGCUAAUUUUUUAUUUAUGAACCGAACAAUCCAUACAAUUACCACCAGACAUUUAUAUGUGUAUUUUUCUUUAAAAAUAGGUCAAAAUAAAAAAGUAAAAUGUUUGUAUUGAGUCGCUAGUAUGACUUUGUGUGAUGUGAUGAGGAUCUUCGCAUUACUACUUUCCAAAAUAUAGCUUAAAUUGAUAACUGCUCUGUUUUGUACUUCACAUUCGCUUUAAUUAGCACAAAUUAUCGAAAAGUUAACAAUUCCUGUAAACACUUAUCCGACAAUGCACGAACAUUUUCUCACUUGAGUCUCGUUUUAUUUAUUUUUUCCAUUUUCAAUUUUGCAUAUUAACUGCGUGUUUAUGUAUAAAAGCCAUAAAUAUAAUGGCUGCAAGAGUAGUGUUGGUUCAUAUUUCAAAGAUUUAUGCAGCAAAUAUAAAACGAUGCGACAGAUUAUUAUAUUAGCCUGCUUAAUGGUUUGCUGCGUUGCAGCUCCUACGUCACAACAAACUUCAACUGCAGCUAAAGAGCAGGAUUUACCGCUAGAGCGUCCUAGUCCUAUUAAUCCCGAUGUACCCAGUGAUCCUAAGCCUGCUGAAAAGAUCACUAAGAUCACCGACCCAAAAGAAAUUGUGAAACAUAAACGUGAAGCUGAAGACAACCCUUAUGAUCAUAUAACACGUUUUGCGCCAACUGCGCUUCCUGUCAGACAAGCUGAAAGGCUGAAUAACCAUUCACAAGAGUCAACCGAGCAAAGUUUGGAGGCUGAUUCUACUCAUCAUCGUCAAAAGCGAGAAAAAGAGCAAAAUAGAGAAACGAAAAAAUCUGCAAAUGUGUCUGCAUCUACACCUGUAUCACCUCUUAAGGCACAUCCUGAGCCAGUCCCUGCUCGCGAUUUACCCAAAUCGCGACAACGCCGUCAAGUAGAUCCCCAUCUAAUUGGAGCAUCCACAGUACCAGUAGCACCACUUCUUUAUAUUGAGGAAAAAAAUAAAUCAAACGAAGAAGAAGUUCAACAUGAAACAAAUUCUGAAGAUCCACUUGCAUCAGAAAUUAGUGACCACACUGAAACUUAUGAAUCAAAGAGCACAGAUGUAGCAACGCCAGUUAAACGUGAUAUACCUGUUCCUUUAGUGCCUAAAUAUCAUCAUCCUGAGGAGUCACCAAAGAGCGGUGAAAAGGCAGAGAAAGGUGAAAAAAAUGAACAACAGAAACAUGCAAGUGAGGAGGAUAGUAAAUCAAAAGAAAGUAGUGAAAGUAAUGAAAGCCAUGAAGACUCUAAGGAAAAGAAACCAGUGAUCCAAUCACAAAAUCUGCCCAUAGAUCAACAUCAAGAACCACAUAUCCCAGUACAAGCUUCCCACACCACAGUUAACAAAGAAGAAUUAGAGGAACACACUACACCAGUUUCUGAGCAAACCAAACCUGCUGACGUACAAAACGUCACAUCUGCUAUAGAGCAUAUAAAUGAGCCACUCGUGGAACAGUUAGCCGGCGUUGUGCCAACUGAGGUCAUUGUUUAUGAAACCCCCGCUAGCAAAGAGAUUGUCAUCAUUAAACAUCCUAUACCUGUUGCUGAAUUGUUUUCAAAUCAUAAACCGACAUGAACUCACCUUAAUCGCUAAAUUUGGAAAUUUUAGUAUAAUUUUUUUGUUUCAUUCGUAAUUUGCACUUAUAGUUGUUAAAACAUAUUUUUACACAUUAAAAAACUAAUAAUAUAUUGUAUUUUAUACAUGAUGAGAAAUAAAACACUUAUUUAACGAUUAUGACAUUUAUUUUCACUUCCGUUGCGUUAGAUUCCGCGCUGUUGGCGGGACAAAAUUGACAACUUAUCGGAUUAAUUGUAAAUAAAAUAAAAUUAACCUGGAAAUUUUCUAUA